AUUACACAACGAAAAAACCAAAAGGAAAUAAACAUGUCUGGAUUAUAUUUGAUUCAAGUGGCAAUGUGCUUUUGUUUCAUGGGCGGUUAUUAUGGGCAACCAUUGUAUGAAGACAGAUGCAGAAACAACCUUGUCAAUGGGAUGGACCAACGUUUAAAGGAAGCCUACGAUCGGGACGUGCUAUUGCAGACUCAAGUGGACAACUUAAAAAAUCAACUUGAUAUUGUUAGAGGGACGGUAGAAUUUUUACAAUUUCAUCGUAUGUGUUUAAAUGAAAACGGAACAUAUUAUGAGGAAAACUCCUUCAAGAAUCAAUAUUGUUUCAUAGAAACUUCUUUGACCUGGAAUGAUGCAAAGAAGAAAUGCGAAUCAUUUAAGUCGUAUCUUCUCGAGAUCAACUCGAAAGCAGAACAAAACUGGUUGAAAGAUAAAGUUUCAGGAGGCAAUUGGUGGACAGGCGCCAUUAAAGAUAGAAAUAAGAACAUCUGGGUAUGGGAUCAUUCAGACAGUGAACUGGUCUUCACGAACUGGGAUUCGAAGGAUUCCCAACCGAACGGCGAGAGUAAGGACAAUGAUGAAAAUUGUGUUUUGUCAGAGUUGGGUUUCUGGCAUGAUUAUCCGUGUCAAGACACAUUUAACAUGAUUUGUGAGAGAGGAGAAUAAGAAGCUGCGAUUGUCUAUGUCAGCAAUGUCAAACUUUAACCGCCGCCUGUCCUCCCGAUGAUGUUACUAACGCCAGUAUCUGAUAGAUGUAUUUCUAUGUAUAUUUCUUGUGUGACCGAUGUGUAUAUUUAUUAUUUGCAAAUGGUUUAACAUUUCAAUUCCUUCUGUUGUUCUUAAGUGUAAUUACUCUAUGGAAAAAUGGUAAUGAUUGUACAUUGUUUAAAAAAAGAUAUUUAUUUACUCUAGUUUUGAUUAAAACAAAGUUAUAAUUAUAAUACUUAAUGGAACGAUGUACAGUGUAAUAGCUCCUUACAAUGUAAUAACACAUUGUUUUCGCCUCGCCUUCUAUGGACUUUACCGACCCACAAACUUCUGUAAAAAGUCAGUAAUAAACCUAAUAAGAAAUAUUGUAAGGGGCCUUCAAAUAAAAAAAAAUACAAGACGAAAAAACUGAAUUGUGACGUAAGGAAAUUCAUGAUUAUCUAACGAGGAGUGGUGAGUUUAUUAAACCGAAGGAAAUUCUGAUUGAGGAGUUGGAUAUGCAUUAAACAAGAUUCUUAAUGAAUGCAAAUAAAGCAAAUGAACCCGACACGUUAAAGUCAAGUCAAGGAAGUGUGAACCGUUAUUUGGCUGACAAAAAGUUAAACAUUAACAUUGUUACUGUCUUCCUUGGAAGACGAAAUAAAAAGUUGAAAUAAUUAAAAGUCUCUGGGUUGUGCAUGUCCUCCCCUUUGUGAUUGGUAGAAAAUACAUGAUAUGAAAAAUUACAUUUAUUUCAUUGGUUGAAAAACUGUCCGGCGCAAGGGAUAUAAUUUUCUGAUGAUUUUUGCCUACCUAUGACUUGACGAUUUUCGUAGGUUUUAAACUUUGCAUAUUAGAUACUGUAAAACUAACAUGAGUAGAACAUGAUGCUGAAUGCCGUGGUAUUAAGUUUGAUUUUAUUUUAAUAAUACAAUCCUUCCUAACGUCUCUUUUUUUCCUACUAUUGUCGAUCUCAACUCACAAGCACGCACGUGAUACGUAUUUCUCAAUUUUAGGCACGUUCGCUUUCGGUUUGGUCGAUUUGAAAUUAUUAGCAUUCUCACCCCUCGUAUGUGCAUGAUAGUUUAUUUGCACCCAUUUAUUUUACCCGGCCUAACCUUAAAAGUGCAUCUCUAUCUCUCAUAGCUGAUUUUAUAUAAGAUUGAUAUUAUUAUAAUGCUGGUGCAGUCAGUGUGAAAACAUAACAUGUAUUGUUGAUAUGUUGAUGAGCAAUUUGUAAACAUGAGCUAUUCAAAAUUGUAGAUAUAUAAAUAACAAAGGUUUAUAUCAAUCAUUUUUAAAACAUGAAACAAUUCGUACAUAAAAAUGCCUUUUCUAAUUGAAUUGUCUCAUAAAGUUAUCAGAUUUAUCAUAAUGUGUUAUUUACUUACAUUUUUUUCAAACCUUUGUUUCUAAUCAGUGUGGCACUUUUCAAAUUACUCUGCAAAUAUCAAAAAUUAAUUAUGGGAAGUCGUACAACUUAAUUUACAUGCAUAAGACAUGUCAACAGUAAUUUGAACAUUUUAUGAGAGGUCUACAUAUAUAUUUUGCAAGGAUGGGUAAAAUGACCAACAAUUUAAAUAUUUGAAAGUUACACAUACAUAUUCUACCUAAAAAGAACCAUAUAUGACCAUGCAUGUAGAUACCUCAUUUAAAGAAAAUCAGAAGGAGACAUGCAGCCAUUUGUUUUUUAUUAUUAUUUUUUAAAUAGUAAAGAAUCAUAAGUAUGAACCCAGGUGAGAAAAUUUCAAACAGUGUUAUGAUAGUAAUAUACUGAGUUAUAAAAAAAACUAGUAGUAAGAAUUAAUGUGCAUGAACAUCUUAUAUCAACUAAAUGAAUGUGUACAUGUAAAGAAUAUUUAAAAUGAACUGUCAUAGAAGAAUUUUAAACACAGUAGAAAUAUGUUAUUGAUAAGCUGCUCAUCAAUUUCCAGAAAAUGAAAUCAGCUGUUUAUAAUAUUUUAGCCUGUACUGUAUUGAUUUUCAGAAAAUCAAAUCAGCUGUUUUCACACAGUCUUGUGUUGUUUACUUACAAAUUGAAAAAAAAAAGUUGUGUAAAGCUACGUAUUGUCAUUACAAGUAAUAUGUUUUACGGUGCGACCGUUGGGGCGAGCACAGCAUGUGAUCAAAUAAUGAAUUAUGAUAAAUCAAUAAAAAUAAAAGUAUCAACGUACCGUAAAUGAAUUUGAAUGCAAAAUAAAAUAUAAACAUGCCUAUUUUUUCUAGUUAAUUUUCAUUAUUCAUAAUUUAUAAGAUUGUUUAUCUCAGAUACAAUGUUGUUGAAUAAUAAAG